CACUCUAUUCUUUAUUUUGUCUAUAUUUUGUCGUUCAACAUCGGAUUUCCUACACCCAAUACUAGUUGAUCCACUCCACAAUCGGCAGCUAGGUCUACCACUUAAAUUUUUUGAUUUAGGGCUAUAUUUUAAGGUUAUUUCAUGAAUCUUCUCCAGCGAAUAUUAAAUAUAACAUUGUUUUAAUAAACAGAAUUAAGCCUCCAAGUCAGAUAGCUCUCUCUCUCUUACAAGAGACUAACUAAGUUUGGAAGAUAAUAACAGAAUUGAGACUUCAAGUCAGAUAUAUCUCUAUCUCUAUCUUAAAAGAUUAAUUAAGUUUGGAAACUUCUUCUAUAAUCAAGAUGCUCAUCCUUUUUCUAGAGCUAAUAAUUCUUUCUUUCUUCAAGUCCCCUUUAUCUAAGUUAGUGGUAAUUACUCCCAAAUGGGCAGCAUAAAUUGGCAUGGCUUGCCCUUUAUGCUUUCUUAAUAAUACCUUUGGUGAGGUGGGGAUUUCCAAUUGACAACAUGAUCUUGGACUCUAUUUGAUCUAGCCCAAUCAGCAGUAUCAAUUACCUGAAGGGACUUUGAAGUCAUCUGAUCUGGAGCCACGAUUAGCAGGACAUUAUGGGAUCCCAGCAAAAUCAACCAACUUGGCUUUUGAUUCAAUCCAGGGCAUUCUUGCUAUAGCCUCAGGGGAUGGCAUAAUCAAGUUAUUUGGUGGUGAUGAGGCUCAAGUAUUAUUACAAUCUGCCAGCCCAAACACUUGCAAGUUCUUGCAGUUUCUUGAGAACCAAGGUGUCCUACUAAACGUAACAUCAGAGAAUGCAAUUGAGGUGUGGGAUGUGCAAAAGAAAGAGUUGGCUCAUGUAUAUCGCUGCAAGGGGAUUACUGCAUUUACAGUCCUACAGGGAAGUUCUUUCAUGUAUAUUGGAGAUGAGAAAGGGAAUGUUUCUGUUUUGCAGUUUGAACAAGAAUCAAACAAGAUUUUGUGUAUGCAGUAUUCCAUUCCCUCAUAUGUUACUCAUGGGGUUGUUGCUGAAGUGAUUCAGGAUCGUUCCGUUGUUUGUAUUUUGCCUCAACCAUCUUAUGAAUUUACUAGGGUUCUCAUCAUCUUUAGAAAUUGUUUACUUAUUUUGUGGGAUAUUCUAGAGAGCAAGGUUCUUGCAAUAGGAGGCAAUGAAGAGAUUCAAAAAACGGAAGUUCUUACAAAAAAUUAUCACAGAGGACUUCAAUCAUUAGAUCCACUUGAAAGUAAAGAUCUUGAAAAAGAGAAAAACAUAUCAUCUGCAUGUUGGGCAUCCUCUGAUGGGACUAGGAUAGCUAUUGGCUAUACUAAUGGAGACAUCGGGUUGUGGAGUAUGCCAACAAUAAGAAAACCGAAAUCCAACUCUACUACUAAAGGUUUGGAAUCAUGUGAUUCUCAAACUUCAUCAAUCUCUAAAUUACAGCUUUUCAGUAGCAAGAGAAAAAUGGCCAUAGUUUCAAUCAAAUGGUAUUCAAGCAAUGAUAGCUGUGGUCAUCUCUAUGUCUAUGGAGGUGUUGAUUCCAACUCUUCAAAUGUAAUUCGGGUUAUUCGUCUCCAGAUUGGUCUAGGAGAGAAUAAAAAUAAUCAAUGUGAAUUGGAGCUUGUAUUGCCUGAACCUGUAACAGAGAUUGCAAUACUCUCAAGAAUGCAUUCAAAAGGAAUUGAUUCUGGGGCAUCUCUUUUGGUUUUAUCACAAGAAAGUCAUCUAUAUGCCUAUGAUGAUUCUGAAAUUGAAAAGCGGCUUAUUGAUGCGGAUCACAAUUCAUUGCUGUCUCUUCCUAAGCCCAUUAUGAUCAAGCCACCUUUUGCAGACUCCAGUAUAACAGUUGCAAAACUUUUUACAAUUCCAAAUAAUAAUGAGUCUUCUCAUGCUUUAUCACAGCUUCAUAGAGUGUCAAAACAGCUUUUUCCACCUACAUUACCAGUAGGCACAAAAAAAUCUACAGUGGAUAAUAAUCCUUAUUCUACAUAUUUUGACGGACUAAUGAAGAUCAGGAGUCUGUAUAUAACUGGGCAUAGUAAUGGAAUGGUCAAUGUGUGGGAUGCAUCAUCUCCUCUCAUGUUUUUACUGCUUUCCAUAAAAACUCGGAGUGAUGUCAAAGCUACUGUAAAAAGUUGUGCAGUUACAGCUAUGGAUUUUUGCCCUGUCUCCUGUUUGCUUGUUACCGGUGAUCAACUUGGAAUGGUUCAAAUCUACAAGAUUGUCCCUGAGCAUCAGAAAGUUAACAACCACUUGAACAAGGGUUCAAGUCAUCAAGGAGCUUCCUGGGACUUUGCUACUGGGUUUCAAAAACUCGGGGUACUCAAAGUUCACAAGUCGAAAAUUUGCUGCAUCUCUAUUGACAGGUCUUCUACACGUGUUGCUGCUGGCUGCCAAGAAGGCUUGGUUUCAGUCAUUGAUACAAAAUCGUGCACUGUAUUAUCGCAUAAAUCUUACUUCUCUGGAUCCUCUCCAAGUAUAUGUGCUCUGCAGUUUGAAAACUGCAUACUUCACAGUUCAACAACAUUAAUUUUAUUUGUAGCAGCAAGAGAUGCAUCAGUGAUAGCUCUCAAUGGAGAAACAGGAGAUUGUCUUACUUCAUCUAUUCUGCGACCUAAGAACCCAUCUACUGCAAUAUUCAUGCAUGUUUUAGAACCGGAUAUCAAUCAUGCAAAUGGAAAUAGGGAUGACAAAUUGGACUCGGCUAAACAAUCAAUUCAUUGUGAACAAACUAAUGUCUCACGUACUGAUACACCUCAGACUUUAUUAUUAGUCUGCUCAGAUAACUGUAUGUGGUUAUAUUCUGGAUCAGCCAUUGUACAGGGUAUGAAGAAGGUAUAUCUGAAAGAAAAAUUUCAAACUACCUGCAUAUGGGCAUCAGCCUUUCACAGUUCUAGAGGUGUUGGUCUUAUUCUAUUAUAUACAACUGGGAAAGUUGAGAUAAGAUCAUUGCCUGACCUAUCUAUUCUUAAAGAAACCAGCCUAAGAAUAUGUUUGUCAUGUGAUUUGAAACCAAGCACAUACCUUCUCAGCACACUCUCUUGUGCGUCAAAUGGUCGACUUAUCAUGAUUGAUGAAGUCAAAGAGUUGUUUCACAUUUCACUUCUCAAUGAUGAUAAUGACUUCAGGUUGUUUGAUUCCAUGCUCCAUGUAUAUAAUAAAGACAUUCAAAUUUCUUUAUAUCUUCCAGCAGCUCAUCCUCCACACAUGCCAAAGAAAAAGACCAUUUUUGGAACUCUAAUCAAGGUUAAGCGUGGUAAGACAAAAAAUUCUUCGAAGAAUGAAGAUCAAGAAUGUGAAAUGCCUCUUGGAGUCCUAGAAUUAUCUAGUAUAUUUUCAACCUGCAAUUUCCCCACAUCAGAAGCUGGCUUGGGUGAAAAGCCUACCUCAGAUUCCAAUGACGAAGAGUUAGAUAUUGAUGAUCUAGAUAUAGAAGACCAUGAUGAUAGCUUCAAACAUGAACCUAAUGGCGCUCCUAAGACCUCAAGCAUGGUCAAAAAAAUUCGCGGAAAAUUAAAAGGUAAGAAAAAGUCUAAAGGUGGCCAGGCAACCAGCACACCAAUUGAAGAAAAUGAAAAAGAUGUCAAUAGGGUUCGAACAGUCACAGAGAUUUAUUCUGCUUAUGGUCAUCCCCAAUUAAGGGAACCAUCUAUCCAUGAAAAGACAAAGGAGAAGCUUCUAGAAAACCAGAUGAAGUUGAAGGGUAUUAAUCAACAUGCAACUGAGUUGGGAGAAGGCGCCCAAAAUUUUCAAUCUUUGGCAGAGGAUAUAUUGAAGCAAGUGAAAGCAAAGAAAUGAUGACAAUAUUUGAAAAUAAAAUCUCAUAAAAUUGCAAAUAUUUAGUAUUGUACUCAAGAAUUAAAUAGAUGAGAUCCUAGUGUAAUUACAAACAUUUACCUUGGAACUGUAAGAGUUGAUACAACAAAACAGAUUAGAUCCUAAUGUAAUUACAAAUAUUUAUCGUGUAAUUAUGAGAAAUGAGACUUCGAUUUGUUGAACCUUCUAUCUUAUACACAAAGGCCAGUCCAAGGAAACUUCCAUUUUGAUAUCCA